UAAUACCGAGAGGCUAAUUUACGCUGCGGCCCCAACUUUUUUUUUUUUUUUUCUUCCCGGGGCAGGGAUGUCUCCGGAUCGGGUGGAUUACAUUGCGCCCUGGUGGACUUACUGGCUUCACAAUUACCCUCAUAUCAACCUGAGGUUUCAGCCCAUUGACCACCGCUUCCAGCCCGAGGAGGAGAACUACCAGCAGUCCCUCAUAUUCCUGGGCUGUGUGGCGGCCGCAGGGCUCGGCCUCAACCUGCUCUGUCUGGCCAUCUACCUGAGCUGUCUGUGCUGCUGCCGCAAAGAUGAGGAGGAGGAGGAGAGCAAGAAGCCCAACUCCUGCUGUGUCACCUGGUCCGCUGUUGCCGCUGGCCUCAUCACCUGCGUCGCAGUGGGUGUGGGUUUCUACGGCAACAGUGAGACCAACGACGGUGUGUACCAGUUGACCUACUCCCUGUACAACGCCAAUCACACGCUGGGUGGUGUGGACAGUCUGGUUACUGGCACCAUGGGCGGCAUGAAGAGCAGCUUGCACCAGCACCUCGCGAGGCUGGACGAGAUCUUUGCCACGCGGGGCGACUACGUGCAGACCCUGCAGUUCAUGCAGCAGAUGGCUGACAACGUGAUCAAACAGCUGCUGGGCCUGCCUGACUGGGAGGAGGCUAAAGUGAACCUGGCAUCCAUCGCUGAUCAAACGGCAAACGUAGAGUACUACAGGUGGCUCACCUACCUGCUGCUCCUCAUCCUGGACCUGAUCAUCUGCCUGCUGGCCUGUCUGGGCCUGGCCAAGCAGUCUCGCUGGCUGCUCACCACGAUGAUGGUGUUUGGGGUGCUGACACUGGUCCUGAGCUGGACAUCUCUGGGAGCUGAGCUGGCCACGGCUGUGGGCACAAGUGAUUUCUGUGUGUCCCCUGACAAGUACCUCAUGAGCCAGACCAAGAGUAUCAUCAGCACUGAUAUUGUUCAUUAUUACCUUUACUGCAACCAGACUCUCUCCAACCCCUUCCAGCAGCCUCUGACCAUCUUCCAGAGGUCCUUGACCACCAUGCAGAUCCAGAUCCAGAGUCUGCUGCAGUUUGCUGUACCUCUGUUCCCUACAGCUGAGAGAGACCUGCUGGGUAUCCAGCAUUUGCUCAACUCCUCUGAGGCCAGUCUGCACCAGCUGACCGCCCUGCUGGACUGCAGGGGGCUCAAUAAGGACUACCUGGAUGCGAUGGUGGGGGUGUGCUAUGACGGGGUGGAGGGUGUGCUCUACCUCUGCCUCUUCUCCAUCCUUGCAGCCUGUGCCUUCACUGUCAUGCUGUGCGCCAUUCCCAGGGCAUGGAGACAAAUUGCCUGCAGGGAACGAGAUUAUGACGACAUCGACGAGGAGGACCCGUUCAACCCACGGGCGAGGAGGAUAGGCUCUCAGAACCCCAACCACACCAACAUGCACAGCUUCUGCAGCUACAGCAGCAGCAUGGGCAGCCAGAGCAGCCUGCACCCGCCCGCCCCUGCUGUCUCCAACGCCCCCAUGUCUGAGUACAUGAACCAGACUGCUCUGUUCGGUGGGAAUCCACGGUACGAGAACGUGCCUCUGAUAGGACGAGGAUCUCCACCCCCUUCGAUAUACUCUCAGCAGUAUAGAAACAGAUACUCCCCCAGUAUGAGGGCCACCUAUCUGUCCAUGACCGAGGAACAGAGUAGACACUUUGGGAACGACUUCCAAGCAUAGACUUCUUUAUCUGUCCGAUGGAGAGAAACGGCAUCACACACGCACGCGCGCUCAACAAGAGAGGAGUGUGUUGCUUAUUCUAAGCAUCGCAAAGAACAGUGUAACAUCUAGUUUGUCCAGGACUCCAUCGUGUGCAGUCUCAGGACAAUGGAACCAUAUCUGUACUGUUCUCCAUGUGUUGUACGCUCAUAAAUGAUUGAUCUCACUUUUCUGCCCCCAAGUCUUUUGUCGGAGAACUUGACCUGCUCCUAAUCUGUUGUGUUCCCCGGCUGCCUGACACAAGUUUUGAAACACAGUAUGGGCUGUAUAAAUCGGCCUUGUUGUCACACAUCGAGCGGGAAGAGGUGCGAUGACCGUCUGCGGGAGGCUGAGUCCUUCGGGUUAAACAUGGUGAUGCAACAGAUGGUAGAAGCAAU